CUCUGCAAUUGGGCGUUGGGCUGUGCAUCUUAUUAACAACAAGGGACAUUUCUCCAUUUUGCAGCCCGUCUGCAGCGAGACGGCCACCAAUCUGGGAUUUUAUUACUUCUCCUCUCUCAACCAACUGCCCCCUGCUCCACAGAAAACCCUCUCUACUCUCACUGGACCCUGCUCAUCAUUUUCUUCUGAACUUUUCUCCCCCUGCAGAGACAGAGACGGACAGAAAGAGAGGGGGACCGAGAGCGUUUGAACAAAGAAGCUUGUGGGUCUUUGUUCGGGGUUUUCCUUUUUUGGGGGAUCGGUUGGGUUUCUUUGUUGGAGCGAUAAAGCAUGGGAGCGCAACUGUCCAAGACAGCUGGAAACGCUGAAACUGUGGCUGAAAAGGCCGGAGAGGCUGCGGCUUCACCCAACAAGAGCAACGGACAGGAAAAUGGGCACGUCAAGGCAAACGGAGAUACCUCUCCUGCUGCGGCUGAGAACGGCAAGGAGGAGGUGCAGGCCAAUGGCAGUGCAGCUGCCGAGGAGAGCCCCAAAGAGGAGGGGGAGAAAGCCGAUGUCGCCCCAGCUGAGAAAGAGGCUGCAGGCGAGGAGAAAGUAGAGGCAGCAUCUCCGGCUCCUGCUGAAGGAGAAGCUGCAGCCAAGGCAGAGGAUGGAGCAACGCCAUCUACCAGCAACGAGACUCCCAAGAAGAAAAAGAAAAAGUUCUCAUUCAAGAAGUCUUUUAAACUCAGCGGCUUUUCCUUCAAGAAGGCCAAGAAGGAGACGGGCGACGGGGCUGAGAAUCCAGAGGCAGCGGCAGAGUCAGCGGCGCCUGCAGAGGGCGCCGGGGCUGAGGGCAAGGAGGAGCCAGCAGCUGCCACAGAGGAGGCCAAGCCCGUGGAGGGGGAGGCGACCCCUGCUGCAGAGCAGGCCAAGGAGGACGUAGACAAGAAGCCAGAGGAAGUGGCAGCGGCAGCAGCAACAGAACCAGAGAAAGCCACCGAGGAGCCCGCAGCCCCAGAGGAGCCAAAGGUAGAGGAGAAACCAGCCGUGGCCCCUGCAGCAUCAGAGGAGGCGCCCAAGGUAGAGGAAGCCACACAGGAGGCGGCAUCAGCAGACACCCCGGCUGCUGCCCCGGAGGCUUCUGAGUAACAUAACAGAGAGGAGGAAGAAAAUCCGAAAUAAAGAUAAUCAAAGAACAUUUCCCUGUUUGUGCAUUGGAGUGAUGCCACAUGCUGGCUCUGAAGAACUUGCCUGCAACCAGGGAGAUUUUAAAGCUUUCUUAAGAUUUCAUUUUUGGUUUCCAAUUCCGCCCCCCUUUAUACAAAACCCAUCUCAGUCCACUGAUCCAACCAGGGAGGUGGGUGGCUUCAGCACAACCGAUCCAUGCUCUGCCAUAUGUUUUUACAUCAGUAUUACCUUUAUCUGGUUCAUUUCUUAUUAUUUUUUAAUAAAAAAUGUAAACAAAAAUAGUAAUGGACUCGCCCGAGGUAUGGAGGAGACAUGAGGAUUGGGGGUGGGGGGGGGGUUCAGCGAGCCUGGGAUAUGUGCCACUGACUAUUAGACUAUGAGUAGCUUUUAUGAAGAGAACCGAGACCAACAUUUUAAAAACUCCACUUGGUUUACAACACUAAGACCUUUUCUUUUCUUUUUUUUUUUUUUUACAAGAUUCCCAAUCCCAGAGAUAGCUUUUUAGGACCUGAUAUAAACUCAUAGGAGCUUUUCACUUCUCAUUAGCUGUACCAGUCAGUGAUUCAGUAGGGACACGAGUUGUAUAGGCUUCAAUGUUAAUUGUUGGUAUAAAAAAAAAACAUGUAAGUAUGUAUAGGCGGGGUGUUUUUAACUGUGAUUAUUGUACAAAAGAAAAUCUUGAUCUCAAGAAGCACAUAAAGGUUUGCAGCUCUCUUUUUUCCACAUCCUCAUUUUUGUAAGAUACCGACAGACACGCAGCAGACAGACUGAUCUCUCUUUUCAAGCAGAUUUGACCUGAAAAACAAGCUGUGACGAGUGGUAACCGUUUCUAUACUGUGCUAUGUUCUAUUCCAGCAGACAGCUUCCUUUCAACUUCAAUUUACCAACCUUAUCAGAUGCAAAUGUUUGUGUAGCAUCUUGUCUCUCUUUAAUUCCUUCUUUUUUUUUUCUUUUGUAAAUACUGGAGAAGCUUGGAUUUGACUUAGAGAUGGAAUGUAACUUUGCCUACGAAACAGUUGCUAUUAAAACCCUCCUGCUUAAGGUGUUCUGAUUUUCUGUGAGCACACUAAAAGCAAAAAUAAAUGUGAAGAAAACA